UUGGGCGGAUGUCCGCGUGCUCAGCCGUUUCAUUGGUACUGGUGCCACCGUGUGGCUCUGUCGGGCCUUGACAGAACUCAGAGCGGACGUACGGAAAGUGUCGCACACACGAAACUACGGCCAAGUGUCUGCAAAUUCAGUUAAUCUACAAAAACAUCUUGAGCGACGAGGUCAGAGGUGGGACUUCGCGAACAAACAUACAAACACGUUACGUCUAUGGGAACACACGAGAAUGCGCUAUGCGUGUCCUGAUUGGACACUGUAACUGGCUGUAGGCGGGACAUCCGAGAUCCUAACCAAUCGGCGAGCCGUACUGCUAACCUUGCAGAGGCAGCAGGGGUGACGGACUGGGCGCAGGAGGCUGAGGGCUGACAAUGCGAUAAAAACUCGGAAAUGCUGCUUCAUGCGCACACCUUCUAAUGGCUUCCAUCGCCAUUGCUGCUACUUUCAGGUGAAUCAGUGGAAAGGCGACCGUGAGCGCGCCGUUGCGGCAGAGGGGACAGACAUGGCACCCGGAGCGUGAGCACGGAGGGAGAGAGAUAUCGGGACGCGAGCGGCACUGCGGGACACGGCAGCAACAUGUCCUACAGCAACAGAGAGCUGGUGGAGUUCUACGUCAGCUACAAGCUGGCCCAGAAGAACUACUCGUUUGCCCACUUCGUGCCGGAAAGGGCCCGCGAGGAGAAUGAAGACCCGGGCACUACCGAGGUUGGGAGGGCUCGCACCAACGGCGCGGUGAGCAGGGGCGCCUCUCCUGGACCAGCGACGCUGCCGGAGCCCCGCUCUCGGGGCCUGCAGGCGGUGAAGGAAGCGCUGCGCGACUCUGCCAACGAGUUUGAGCUGCGCUACCAGCGCGCCUUCAGCGACUUGUCGUCACAGCUGCACAUCACGCCCGGCACGGCGUACCAGAGCUUCGAGAGCGUCAUGAACGAGGUGUUCCGCGACGGCGUCAACUGGGGCCGCAUCGUAGGGCUUUUUGCCUUCGGGGGAGCACUUUGCGUCGAGUGCGUUGAGAAGGAGAUGAGCCACUUGGUGGCCCGCAUCAUGGACUGGAUGACGGUCUACUUGGACAACCACAUCCAGCCCUGGAUCCAGAGCCAAGGAGGAUGGGACCGCUUUGCCGAGAUCUUUGGGAACGACGCGGCGGCGGAGAGCAGGCGGUGGCGGGAGAACGUCUCCUGGUGGCUCAUGGCCGGCCUCGUGCUGUUUGUCGGUGCCGUGCUCGGCUCCAUCGUCGCCAAGAGGUGCCAGUGACCUGCGAAGAGCCCUCCCCCCCCCCCCCCCCCCCCCCCCCGCCAGCACACCUUCGGAGGUGUGUUGCCAUGGUUGUGUGGGUCCAGCCGCGUCCAUCUGCAACGCGUUGUUUGUCCAACCUCUGUCGCACAUCCCUCUGCCUGUGUCCACUGCGAAAGGCCCCUCUCUCUCGUCUUUCUCUGCGCGUGCUCUGCAUCCCCCAGCCAGGAGGGGGCGCUACUCACCUUACUGCUUUAGUGUGGGGCUGCAGCGGGGGGUGGGGGUCUGCAGCUCUUGUACAGUUUUACUUUUUGAGCUUUACUGGCCAAUAGUAGCAACUCACGUGCGUGUGCGUGUGUGUGUGUCUGUGUGAGAGAGAGAAAGAGAGGGGGAGGGGGAGGGAUUAUUCCUGCCUGUGUGUCAAGCAGGCUGCGCUCUGUGUCCUAAUGUCCUCGUUUUGUUUUUAAUAUUUAAAGUGUUUGUUUUUGCCAUCAUCAUUACUUUGAAACAAUUCUAAUGAAUAUUAUUUUCUUUUUAAUAAAAAGAUAUUUUGUUACCUCCUAAUUUUUUAAGGAAACCUUUUCCUCAUUUGGCUCCGAGGAGCAUCCGGUGCCCACACACACAGCCUUGCGCUCGUGGACACGGGUUUUCCGGCCCACGGCACCGAGGAGCCACCAUUUACCCCGCGUGUCGCUUUGACCGCAUGUGACCAAAACUAACACUGACCAACCCCCCCCCCAACCUCCCACUGUUUUAGGGCGGAGCUUAAACGCCACAGCUGCUAGCUGCCGUCGUCUCGCGUGUGAGCGGGUACAGAAGAGCCAGCGUCGCUGGGACGGUCUGAAUAAGUGUGUCCGUUAAGUGAUGUGCCGGGUUUCAUGGGAAGUGGAGUAUGGAGUGUAGUACGUUUGAACUUCGUUUCCCAUCAACCACCGGAUGGCGCAUCGGUCAACUUCUGCAGUCCAAUAGCAGUGAACUGUCGCAGCUUUGCGAGAGCCGGUGCCACGGACAGAACACUAAAGGAGGGCGGAGGGAGUUCCCUCGUUUGGAAAUGCGUUUGACGUAGCCGCGUUCUCGCGUUUGCCAAGAAUUAAAGUACAACUUUGGGUCGGAUGGCACCAUUCGGUGCUCGCCAGAGUACAGUUAUGGCAGUGCUGCUUCUUAGCUCACCGUGAAACAGAGUUAUUACAGUUAAGCGUAACAUCCAGCAAGCGCUGAGACUAACGGCGGCGAAAGGAGGAUGCGCUCAGUUGCUGAUUGGUAAGGGAGACGACUGGCAGCAUCAUGGCGGCGAUGAGCAAUGCUGCAGCAUCCCAUGGGCCUGAGUGAACAUUGCAGUACCGCUAGUGUUCUGGCCGAGUUGAACACAGGUGUGUGUGUGUGUGUGUGUGUGUGUGUGUGUGUGUGUGUGUGUGUGUGUGUGUGUGUGUGUGUGGUCACCUUCCCUAUGUUGAGAGGAAGAAACUCGUGCAGACUUUUUUGGGGGGGAGGUAUUCGUCCUGAAUUGAGGACAUUUAGUGGACCCGAGUCUGCGGGAGGUCCCUCCGUCCAAGGCGAGGUGCGACGGCUCCGCUGUUGAGAGAUCCGAUCUGCCGUCGGCGCGGAGCCCACGCCCAGUUUUAUCGCUCUGUAAAUUAUUUUAAUUAUUUUGUGUUUACCUGCCAAGUGACGUCGAGCUUCAUCUCACACACAGGGUCCUUAACCUCGUCGGUCAUCUACGUGUGCCACAUGUGCCAACUGUCCUGCACCUUGGUUUCCGUGGAGAUCCGAGCUGUGUGUGUGUGUGUGUGUGUGUGUGUGUGUGUGUGUGUGUGUGUGUGUGUACUGGGCAAUGGCUUAAAAAAUAUAAAAAGCCCAAGAAAAGCAGAGCGUCCGAAAACGCGGUGUACACUAGUUAGGCGAAAUGAUCAUUAGAAUAGCUUGAUUUAGCGACAUUGAGAUCCUUUAAUGAAGAAAAUGUUAUUUAAGGUGUUGAGUGUGUAAAGCAUCCUUCUCUUCCCUGUUGCCUUAAAUUCCAUUGUCUGAUUUGAAGUGGAUGUGUUCUUUACUGUGUUUGUUUUAGCGCAAUGCAACAACAGAUAGAGUAUUUUUUUAAAGUUCUUUUCUUUCUAGUUUCAUAAACUGUAAAUGGAUAAUGGAAAAGGUGACAGUUUGAUGUCUUAGAAGCCUGCAUUCAUGUCCAAAGUAAUUCAGAAACUAAUAAAAGUUCAACAUUA